CUUCGUUGGGCCGGUCUGUACGCAGCUUAAAAAAAAAAAAAAAGAUUUAGAUUUGACACCAGCUGUCAUCCCAUACAUUUUGGAGCUGUCUAAACGGGUAUCUUUAUAUUUCGACGACUGUACCCUGAGUGCAUAAUCGAGAGAAUACAUUUUCUCCCUCACUAACGCCCGCCUCCGAUUUGGAGAGUCGACUAAUCAAGUACUUGAAAAGCGGUUUGCGCACAUCACUAGUUAGUGCCCGAAGAGACGUCGUGGAGAGUGUUUGUGUCUCGCGAGCUAAUGUUAUGACGUGCAGUAACUGUCUUUGUUUCAAUAACAUUGCUAUAGUUUACGAUAGUAAUUUUGUUAGAAUAAUGUGAUAGAACGCAUCCUAGAAGAUGUAAGACGCGGCGGGAUUGCGAAAUGAACGUUAAUUCCAAAGUAUGAUCGUGCCAAUAGGAGUAAUUAGCAUAGUUAGGUGUUCAUAUUGGUUAAGUCGUGUGAAUGUUGUGGCAAUAAUGAGAUAGUGUCGUGUUGUGAUGUGGUCUGGGGACAUGUGGCGGGCGGUGGUGGUGAGCGCGGCGCUGGGGCAGGUGCUGGUGGCUGCGACGCCGCUGGAGCCCGCGCCGCCGACGCCGCCAGGAGUGUCGCUGUCGCCGUUCGUCCGGCACUGGCACGGCGCGGGCUACACGCCGGUGCGCGCGCGCAGCCGCCAGCGCCGCGCCGAGCCGCAGCCCAUCCGACUCACCUUCCACGCGCACAACAGAAAGUUCGAGCUGGUGCUCCGGCCGGACCCCAGCUCGGUGUUCGCGGAGGGCGUGCAGUUCCACUCCUCCGGGGGGCCGCUAGACUACAACACCGCGCACGUCUACUCGGGGAAGCUCGCAGAUGACGAGUCGUCGCAGGUGUACGGCGUGAUCACGGCGGAGGGGCUGUUCGACGGCACGAUCUGGACGCGCAGCGAGGAGUACUACGUGGAGCCGCUGUCGCGCUACGACGUGGAGCACCCGGCCAUGCACAGCGUGAUCUACCGCGCCAGCGACGUGGAGCCGCCCGCCGCCGCCGCGCCCUGCGCCUCGCACCGCCUGCAUCUCCAGCGCGCCGCCGGCCGCGCGGGACAGCUGUUCGACUACGAGCACUCCACGCGGCCCCCGCCCCGCGCCAACACCACCGACGACCUCACCACCGAGAUCAACAGGCGCAAGAAACGCUGGCUCCCCGACGACGAGAUGCAGGACGACCAACCCAAAAAGAACCCCGAACUACCUCUAGAUCUAGACGUGCCGUACACCAACAACGAACCCUUUGAAAAGCUCAGCACUCGCAAGCCGAAAACCAAGAUCGAUAAGAGCAAUUUAAUAACCAAGGUACGGUUAGACUCGGAGGAGUCGCGGCCGAAGCCGAAGACGCACGUGGAGGUGAUCAAGACGAAGGCGGGCGUGGUGGCGGUGAGCAAGGACGUGGUGCGCCGCGAGCCGCUGGGCUACUCCGUGCUGACGGCCAACGCCAGCGACGAGCGCCACGAGACCAAGCGCGCCGCCGUGGACCCGCGCAAGACCACCUGCCUGGUGUACCUGCAGGCCGACCACAUGUUCUACCAGCGGUACGGCUCCGAGGAGGCCUGCAUCGAGGUCAUGACCAGGCACGUGCAGAAGGUCAACGCCAUCUAUAAAGUCACAGACUUCAAUCAAGACGGGAAGCCAGACAACAUAACGUUUAUGAUCAAACGAAUAAAGGUUCAUACUUUAGACGCUCUGAAGGACCCGGCUUACAGGUUUCCCAACAAUUACGGGGUGGAGAAAUAUCUGGAGCUAUUUUCAGAGGAGGACUACGACGCGUUCUGCCUAGCGUAUAUGUUCACGUACCGGGACUUCGAGAUGGGCACGCUGGGGCUGGCCUGGACCGGAGACCUCAAGAACGCGGGUGGCGUGUGCGAGAAGAACGGGCACUACCGCGGCAGUAUGAAGUCUCUGAACACGGGCAUCGUGACGCUGCUGAACUACGGCAAACACGUGCCGCCCGCCGUGUCGCACGUCACGCUCGCGCACGAGAUCGGACACAACUUCGGAUCUCCGCACGACCCAGAAGUCUGCACUCCGUUCGGCGAAGACGGCAACUUCAUCAUGUUCGCGCGAGCCACCAGCGGCGACCGGAAGAACAACAACAAGUUCUCUCCGUGCUCGUUGAGGGCCAUCGACCCCGUGCUUAAUAACAAGGCACGGUCUUCUAAGGGCUGCUUUACAGAGCCCCAACCAGCGAUCUGCGGCAACGGCGUGGUGGAAGAAGGCGAGGAGUGCGACUGCGGCUGGGCCUCCGAGUGCACGGACGUGUGCUGCCGCCCGCAGGCCGCGCGCCCGCACUACAAGCCCUGUACCCUGACGGAACACAGCGUGUGCAGCCCUAGCCAGGGCCCGUGCUGCACAGCAUCGUGCACGCUCAAGUUCGGAGACAAGUGCCGCUCAGACAACGGGUGUCGCGACGCCGCGCACUGCGACGGACGCCGCGCCGCCUGCCCCGCCAGCCGGCACAAGCCCAACCGCACGCGCUGCGACAAGGAACUCGUGUGCUAUAUGGGAGAGUGCACAGGCUCCAUCUGCCUGGCCUACGGCCUAGAAUCCUGCCAGUGUUCUCCCCGCAAGGACGACCCGAAGGCGGCUUGCGAGCUGUGUUGCCGCAAGCCCGGCGGAGACUGCAUGAGCUCCUUCCACUGGAACACGCCGCCGUUUGACAUGCCUGACAUGUAUGCUAAGCCGGGCACGCCUUGUAAUGAGUAUAAUGGCUACUGCGACGUGUUCCAGCGCUGCCGCGAGGUGGACCCGUCGGGCCCGCUGGCCACGCUGCGCAAGCUGCUACUGAGCGACGAGAGCAUCGCCGGCUUCAAGCGCUGGGUGCUGCACCACUGGUACGCGGUGCUGCUCAUCCUCCUUGCUGUCAUCGCCUUGCUGGUGGCCAGCACGCGGUUCCUGGGCCGGCACGGGAAGAAGCUCAAGUCUGUCACCAUCAUCCACUCGUCCACCACGGAGACCGUCCGGCUGCCGGACGGGGAUGGCCAGGGGCUGAUCGUGCAUACUGCUGUCAGAUCGAAGCUUCCAUUGAAGAAGAAAGUGGCUCUGCGCACGCGCGCCUACCGCAACAAGAAGGAUCACAAGAGCAAAUCGGAAAAACACUCGCCCGCGCACGUCGCCAACAAAGUCAGGAAACCCAGCUUGCCUCUCAAGCCAGAAGACGCUCACAAAGUGAUAAAAGAAAGCACGGCAAUCGUCACGAAUGCCGAGGGCAAGUCCCCGAAACACGUAAUUUUGUCAAAACAAAAAGGAAAAGUGAAAAAGCGUAAAGCAAAGGUUAAAAAGGAGACGAUAGACUACAGUUCUAUGCAGAAGCAUCCUGCCACUCCGACAAAAGACACGGAGGCUCUGACCAAGGUGCAGAAGUGGUUGCUGAGCUCGCCGCAGCCGGCCGCGCUGCCCAAGUCCAAGUCCAUCCCCGUGGCGCUGGCGGAGCAGCGGCGGCCAGGCCAGCCCGCGCGCCGCCCCGCGCGCAGCGCCACCAACCUGCUGCAAGGGGACAAGGCGCGCCUGCAGGUCGUCUUCAAGCCGCCCUUCCGCUUCAGCGUCAAGAUAUGCAAGAGCGACAAAACAAAGGUCGUCCUCGACAAAUCCUCGAAGCCCGACAUGGAGCGGAAACGUCAGGAACCGAUACUUCCACAGAUUACCCCCGAAGAUGCCAAUAAAUCGAAUCCAUCCAAUAUUACUAAGGCUCUUAAACAUUCCAAUUCCACGAGAAAUAGUAUAGACACUGCCGUGCCAACAGCCGUAGCACCUAAAUUAGAGAAGACAAAAGUAGAGGAGGCUGUCGAGCACGGGUACGCGAACCUGCUCCCGCGCAGCGCCAGCGACUGCCGCGUGGGCCGCCCCGCCGACGCGCGCCGCGGCGGACACAAGAAGAGCAACUCCGUCGGACAGCGGAAGGAGACCACGGAGAGCCGCCAGAACCUCAUCGCGGCGGAGGAGGCCGAGCCCGCGCACCUGUACGAGAACGUGGCGGCCGACGCGCCGCGCAGCUGCAGCAUGCCGCGCCGCCGCCCCGCGCCCGUCGCGCGCCAGAGCAGCCACGGCGGGCUGCCGGGCGGCGGGCAGCGCGCCGCGCGGCACCACAGCGCGGCCGAGGCGCCCAGCGCGCCGCCGCUGCGCCGGCAGCUCAGCGAGGCGGAGCUGGGCCGCUCCGCGCUGGGCCUGCACCUGCUGGGCAAGGACAAGCUGCAGCGGCAGCUGAGCGCGGGCGCGCCGCUGCCCCGGCCCUACAGCUGGAGCGCGCGCGCCGCGGACUGCGAGCCGCUGCCGCGCGCCAGCAAGCGGACCACCUUCACGUUCGGCGAGCUCAAGCACUGCGUGCCGGACGCGCCCGCCUGCCCCGCGCCGCCGCCGCCCCCGCACUACCACGACAACUGACCCCCCACUCCUAGUGACUGUGACUCUGUCGUGCAUGAACGAAGUGAACAAACUAUCCUCGUGUAAAUUUAGUCCGACGCAUGUUACCAUCGUCGGGAAAUAGUGUAAAUAUGGUAAAUUCGCUUUUAUUAUUAGGACUAAUGAAACCUGCCACUGAAACAGACCAUUGCCCAGUUGAAAGAACCGUAUAUCUACGCACUCUCCAUUCCAUAUUUUUUCGAGUGCUAGUGUGCGGCCGGUGCUACGCCUGUGGUGCUCAUCUCCGAGGCAGGUAGAUCGGGUCUCCAUCAGCUGGCAAUGGUCUAGUUUCACUGUAUGAUCUCUACAAAUGAAUCUCUAUUUUUUCACACGUGUUUAUUGUACAAAUUGACUCAUGUGUAAAGUGUUCAUAUUAUUAUGAUGAUUUUAAUUCUCAUACUUUUACGAUGCAAGUCAUACUCAUACAUUAGUAUUAUUUUCUUUUACUAUUUUUAUAUUGAGUUUAGAUAUAUAUGAAGUAAUGGAAACGUGCUAAGUACAAUAAUGAACAAACUAAUAACGAAUAGGUCUUACCAUAAUUAUAUUUGGCUAUUAUUUUAAAUAGCUGUCAAUUAACGUGUCAAUGUAUUUAAAACAAAUUACUAAGUACCUAUCUAACUAACUAUUUAAACCUCUAAUAUUGUCAUAUCAUCAGAUCAGUAACUUUUAAACAAUUUGACGUUCCAAGAUAUCUUGUAGUCACCAUUUUAAAAUCUUUUUUUAACCAAAUCAUGCAUAAAAUAAUUAUGUGGGAUAUAUGGGUAUCGAGAGUAUUUAGCAAAUACCUAGUUAGUUACCUUAUCUUAUUUUAUAGAGAUGGUUUGGUGACUCCAAGAGUUCUGACGUAUUAUUGUUUAGUUUUUACUGUCUUGAAUACCGACAUAACAUUUAAAAUAUAAUUUUGCUACAAAUAUUAAACUUACCCUAUAACACCAAUUAACAAAGUAAAAUAAAAGUAAAGUAGGCAUUCAAAUACUUACCCAUUAUGUUGGAUAAGGACAAGAACAAAAUACCUACUUAAUUUCCAUUCUACACUAUGAUCUUUUAAGGUCCAUUCCAAUAUACUGCGAAAUCUAUGCAAUAUUCUGUAUUUUUUAUGCUACAUAUUUUAUGCAAUAUUGGGGCAGGCAGACGAACGAGCCCAAUAAAUGAAUACAUUUUAGACAAUAGUAUAUUCAUGUACCUACUUAUGUACGAUCUGUAUUAAAGUUGUAUUACCUUCUGCUAGACGGUAAUGUUGGUAUGUAAAUACCAUGUAAAUACAUAGCAUAAGUUUGCGUGGCAUAAAAAUAAUACUUUCAAAUGUUUCAAACUAAGAUUAUUUUUUUACUACUUGACUAAAUCCAAAGAGAAAGUAUUAGUCGGUCAGUACCUACCCUCAUCAGAUAGAUAUCGCUCUAAACUUUUUAAUUUGUAUCUUGAAAUACAUAAUACUUAAUUGUUCUUUUAGAUAUUUACUCAGUUUCACCCAGUGAUGUUGUAACCUACUUAAUAUCAUUGGUUUCGUCCAAUAUUUUUAACUAACUGAAACAAAAUGUAGGUACCUAGUUUUUUACUGUUGUGAAAAGAAUAAAGAUUUUGCAAUUGCUUUCCGGCCAAUGGCGGAAGCGCCAUUGGCUUGUCUAUGAUAAAGAGCUUUGUAGUAGGAACGUAAGGGUAAGUACAUAAUACUAAAACUACGCUACGAUAUUGUAUUAUAGAUGAACUGAUAUUUAAGACUAUUUGGAGAUGUUACAAAUUUGUAUUUAAAAAAAUAAAUGUAUUAUUAAUUUAUGUGUUGGUAUGCCUUAAUACUAUACUAUACCAAUCUCUCACUAUAAUUGAAUACUUGCCCCGACUGGAAUUCGAACCCGUUAGGUAGGUACACAUUGUGAGAAUUUUCAAAAAUAUUAUUUGGUAGAAAUCAUUUCAAAUGUUUUUGACUGGUAAUAAUUCUAUUGAUGUUCUUCCUUAGAUUAAUAAGUAAAAGUACCUUUAUCAGCUUAUAUUAAAUUAUUAAAUGUAUUUAUUAAUAAAUGUGAUUAGAGUAGGUAUAAAAAACUAUAAAAUGGUUUUGUAGGAAAUAUAUGUCACUGUUUUCGUUGUUUAGUAAACCUACCACGUAACUUGUGAAGUGGCGAAUUCAGUUAUGUAUAAACUCCAUAAGUUAAACGGGUGACAAGCAUAAUAUUGUAGGUUACCUACAUGACCUACAUCCAACUACAUCACAUUCCGUAAAAUCCUUAUUAAUAAGUAGUCCUUGCACUUUUUAUUAACCCUGACUAUUUUCUCGUACCGUACUACCUACAUAACUUAUUUGUUCCAAGUGCCUUAAGAACAAAUCACAAAAUUUCCUAUAUUACUAAUACCAGGGAAAAUAAAACAUGAUACCUAUAGGGGUUUAUAUUAACAUACGAUACUAACUAACUAAAUCAAUAAAAAUAUACCGAAAAAUACCGCUAUCCGCUUUGCUAGCCUGCUCAUCUCUGGUGGACAGGCAGCCUUAUAAUAAAACCUUAUUAUCAUCGAUAUACGUAAACUAAGUAAUAUUUUUGAGUUAGUUAUUUUAUGUGUAAGCCCUUAACAAUAAGAUCAUUAUGUUUAACUCAUGGAGUUAGCAAGUCUACAUAAAAGUUACUCUAUGGUACCUACUACGGUUUAACUUAAAUAGAUUGCGUGGUGAUUACGUAAUAUUCCACCCUGCCCCCGUAUUUUGUAACUUUUUGAGAGUUAGCAACCGGUGAUAAUUGGUAUCAACUUAGAGACUUAUUAACCGAAAACACCAAAAAUCUUAGUGAAAGAAAUAUGCAAGAAGCCUAACAAUAUAUCCUUACAUUCAACAUAAACGUUUGUGAAAUCAGAUAAGUCCGUAAAAAGUUAUCAAUUAAUAAUGCUCUAAGUUGACAGCCAUUUUAUACCAACCAACCCUACUCGGAGUUGCAUAAUACGGGGGCUGGUAUUGCAUUAUUUUCUCUGUCUAUUGUCUGUGAUAGGAAUACUUAAAAAAUAUUUUAUAAUUUCCAUCUAAAAAUACAAAUUUGUAAUAAAUUCCUAAUGUACUAUUUUUUUCUGCAUUUUUUAAAACCUACAUAAUAUUAAAUGAAUCCAAAUAAA